CCUCUAGAUCUUUGUAAGGUGUGUUAUAUCAUCGAUGUCGUUUAGCGCCAAAAAAGAAGGCUCAGAUCUAGUAAAUUGCCUUAUAUAACGAGCAGGAAAGACGGACUGUAAUGUUUAAGCCCGCCAAAUACUACGACUAUAUAUAUAUUAAUUAGAGCCUCAUUAUUCACCAAAAUGCCACUCUUCUCCCACCGCCUUUCCCACUCACUUCCAGUCUCCUCCUCCUCUUCUUCUUCUUCACAUUCCUAUUCCUCCAAACCCUUGAAGCCCCUAAAACCCGCCGUUUCCUUUCCAAUCACCGUCUUCCCGGUCAUCUGCCUCGUGUUUGGCCUCGCCGGAACGAUCUUCGCCGUCUCGGUCCUCCGUCGCCCGAUUCCUCUCCCCAUUUUCCGAUGCGGAAACGCCGAAGACACUUUCCGCUCGUUCUACUCGGCUUCCAACUCUCGACAGCUCGGCGAUAAUGGAGGCCUGGUCGAUCGGCCUAAGCUUCUUGGCUUCGUCGGAAUCCAGACCGGCUUCGGCAGCGCCGAUCGCAGAGCCGCUUUGCGCGCCACUUGGUUCUCCUCCGAUCCCGACGGGCUUUUGAGACUGGAACAAGCUACUGGUUUAGCUUUCAGGUUUGUUAUUGGACGGACAAAAGAUGCAAAGAAGAUAGGACAGCUUAGGAAAGAGGUAGAUAAGUACAAAGACUUUAUGCUGAUUGACGCUGAGGAAGAAUAUGCAAAUCUUCCAUACAAAACGUUGGCAUUUUUCAAAGCUGCUUUUGCACUCUUUGAAGCAGACUAUUAUGUCAAAGCUGAUGAUGACAUCUAUUUGCGUCCAGAUAGACUGGCUACUCUUCUAGCUAAGGAGAGAAAGCAUUCACAAACUUAUAUCGGAUGCAUGAAGAAAGGACCAGUGAUAACUGACCCUAAAUUGAAAUGGUACGAGAUAUCAGGACAUCUACUUGGAAAUGAGUACUUUCAGCAUGCUUAUGGUCCUAUAUAUGUUCUGUCUGCUGAGGUGGUGGCAUCAUUGGCAACUGCUAGAAAUAACAGUUUGAGAAUGUUUAGUAAUGAGGACGUCACGAUUGGAUCUUGGAUGCUUGCCAUGAAUGUUCAGCAUGAAGACAAUCGGGCACUAUGCGACCCUCGAUGCACACCAACAUCAAUUGCAGUUUGGGAUAUCCCAAAAUGUUCAGGUUUAUGCAACCCAGCCACUCGCCUGAAAGAACUUCAUGCAAUCGAUAUGUGCUCCAAAAGUCCUACCCUACCUCCUGAUGACAGAUAAGAACUUUUUUGGCCUGCAACAUUACUUACCCUACAAAUGCCAAUAAUUCAGGAAAAUUACCUGCAAAGGAAUUGUUAAUUUUCUCCCUUUUCAUUCCAUUAGGUCAUCAUCAUCAUUCGGGAAAUGUAUUUUUAGUGAUCGUAAUUCCCACGCCAUCACCCUCUCUUAAGUAAUUUUCCGAUAUAUUAUUUAGUUCCAGAGAACGUAUAUAAUACAAGUAAUACAGAUAUACUUGAAGAUUAUCACUGACAGUACUUGCAUGUAGGACCGUUUUGUGUGUCACGACUCACAAAGCAUGUUCUACAUUGGGGCGGUUCUCUUUUUGACCUGCCUAAAUUUGAUAUGUAUAUGUAUCUGUACUGCUAAUUAAGCAAAAAUUUACAAUA